CAGUCUUGGUGUAGGUCAAGAUUUAUAACCUUACUUUGUAUAAAUUAAUAUUUUUCUUUAACCAUGUUAAAAACAAUAAAUAAUUUGAAAGCGUUACACUCUACCUAUCUAUCUACAAGAAAUUUGCAGCAGUCAAAAACCAAGUGGGACUUAUUGACCGCUGUGUGUGUUGAGAGGAAACCGAUCGUUACACCAGCCUUAACAGAGUUAGAACAAACUUUUCACAAGUAUCUCUCGGAAAAGGAGUUUGAAUUAAGUUUGAAAUCCGAUCACGAACUGCAACAUGAGGCUGAAUUGAAACAGCAAAGUUUACUUAAAAAGGGUGAUGUCGACCUUGAUGCCACAACUAAGCAAACUGCACAAGACUUUCUGGAUGCUUGCACGGAGGAGCUAGCUCAAUUCAAGUUUGCGGAUCGACUUACAGAUGCAGACAGGUCUAAUAAUUUGAAAGUAAUCAGUAGAAAGUUAGAUAAACAUUUGGUAUUGUUGACCAAACAAAAGUUAGGUAAGGAUAAUAUAUUUUUACUUCCACAAGGAGUGCGGCAAGAUGGUGAGACUCUUCGACAGUGUGCAGAACGUGUUUUAAAAGAAUCUUGUGGAUCUGAUAUGAAGACCAAAUUCUAUGGCAAUGCUCCUUGUGGGUUUUAUAAAUAUACAUAUCCCAAAAGUGUACAGGAAGAAACUGAUUCAGUUGGAGCCAAGGUUUUUAUAUAUUUUGCAAGACAUUGUGCUGGAGAACCCAAGGAUACUGAUUGUAAAUGGUUGGAUAGGCAAGAGCUACAAAAGGAGUUAAAUCCAAAGUAUCUUGAUAGUGUAGCAGCAUUUCUAAUAGAUGAAAAAUAAAAACCUUUGUGUUCUUUUUCUGUAUGGUGGUUCAAAUUCUGUAGUAACAGGUUGUGACUGCUUAUAGUUAGUAAAACAAUUCUUGUACCACUCA